GAGUUCGGCAUUAGUCGGCAAGAGGCGAAAAGCCUAACUCACAGUGCGAAGUGCUGUGAAGGCCUAGUGGAGUAUAACUCGUACAACGAUGAAGUUAAAGUGAAAAAGUUGGACUAACUCUUCGUGGAGUAAACGAUGGCUCGCCAGAUAAUUUCCGCGCUCAAGAUCCUAUAUUAUUGUGCUUUUUUUGGAGUUACCGUGGGUCUCAUGGACUUAGCUAAUGAACAAGUGUGCACAGGAACAUCACAAGGAAUUGUAGCUCGAGGACAAGCCAGUUUCCGCUACCAAAGAUACAAGGACUCCUACACAAACUGCACAUAUGUGGCUGGCAACUUAGAACUUGUGUUUCUUGAGAAUACAACAGGAAAUUAUGAUUUUUCUUUUUUGAAGGACAUAAAAGAAGUGACUGGCUAUAUUCUGAUUGUGGCAGUUUAUGCAAACUAUAUUCCAUUGACCAAUCUGAGAAUCAUUCGAGGAAAGACGCUGUUUCAUUAUGAAAGGCAAUCCUAUAGCUUAUUUGUUGCACUUAACCACUUCCCAAAUUCUUCUACAAUAGGAUUGCGGGAACUUCGAUUCUCAUCACUUUCAGAAAUCCUUGCAGGGAAAGUAUUCUUCCAGAACAACAACCUGCUCUGUUAUGAGAACACGAUUGACUGGGAAGACAUCAACCCACAACUGAAACCUCCUGUGACCUUCAUGCAGGACAGUAAUGACUACAAGAGACAAUGCAAGGAAUGUGAUAAAUCUUGCUACCAGCCAUCAACUCGACAGCGCCAUUGCUGGGGUUCUGGAAAAAACAUGUGCCAACAAUUGACAUCAGGUGAAGAGUGCCAUGGUUCCUGUGAAGGCCGAUGUUUUGGAAAGCUGCAAAAUCAGUGCUGUCACAAGGAAUGUGCAGGGGCAUGCACAGGACCCAAGAAAACAGACUGCCUGGCAUGUCGGAACUUCAACAAUGAUGGGGCUUGUGAGCCUUACUGCCCUCCACAACACAUCUACGACCCAAAUCUGUACAAGCUGGUAAAAAACCCAAAUGCCAGAUUCACAUAUGGGUCCCUUUGUGUCAGCAAGUGUCCAGAACAUCUGCUGGAAGAUCUUGGAGCAUGUGUUCGGUCAUGUCCAGAUGGCUCCACCACUGAGAGAAACUCAUGCGUGCCCUGCAAUGGCCCUUGUCCAAAGAAGUGUAAGGGUGUGGAGAACAACGACUGGCUUCACGCACACAGCAUCAACAACUAUACUGGCUGCACAACUAUAGAGGGAAAUCUGCGCAUUCUCAAGAACACUUUUGAUGGCGAUGAACAUCGAGAAAUUCCCCCAAUGAAUCCAGAGGAAUUGAAAGUGUUGAAAACUGUCCGCGAGAUCACAGGCUAUGUUGUGAUACAAGCAGAUCACAAGAACUUCACUGACCUCUCUUUCCUUUCAAGUCUGGAGGUCAUUCAUGGCAGAGAAACAAAUAGCAAGCAGAGUCUCGGCAUCCUCAUGACACCGCUGAAAACACUGGAGUUGUCAUCACUGAGGUCUGUGAAGAACGGAGACAUCUGGAUUAUUGCUAACAAAGACUUGUGUUUGGCAGACUCAGUCAACUGGGCUGGAAUCCUGCACAAUCCUAAACAAGUAGCUGAAGUCAGGAGCAACAGGCUCGAGAUCAACUGUACCAAGGAUGGCCAGGUGUGCAGCAGGGAGUGCUCUAGCCAUGGCUGUUGGGGUGUUGGGGCCAACAAGUGUGUAUCCUGUCGCAACAAGAUGCUUGCUAACAAGAAGUUGUGUGUUGCCUCCUGCACAGACAUCUACAACUUCUAUGAAGAGCAGCCAACAAAUGGUUCCAAGAUUGGGAUCUGUCACCCAUGCAACGACCAGUGUGCAAGUAGCUGUACUGGUCCUGACAACUGGGAAUGCUUAGGCUGUCGCAACUUUACUGUCGUUGAUGUUGAAAUAAAAGAUAUUGCAUCCAAGAAGAAUGUGUGUCUGGAUGAAUGUCCUCCAAACAUGUACGCCGGAGAGAACAAUAUCUGCCAGAUGUGUCAUCCUCACUGUGAACAAAGAUGUUCUGGGAACAUGAAGACUGUGGGCAUUGGGGGCUGUGACACCUGUGUUGUUGGGAUAGCGAAAGGUACCGAUAUCUACUGCCUGCCUAAAGAUACCAUCUCCUGUGAAAAUGGUUAUUACAUGAGCAUGGAGAAGAGCAGUGCCCAUGGACCAAUGGCAGGCAAAAAGUUGUGUCGUUUAUGUGACAAGAGAUGCCUGACAUGUGACGGUCCCGGAGUGCAGUACUGUACGGAUUGCCGCUACUUCCGUAGUGAGGGUCUGUGUGUGGAGCACUGUCCGGCCUUCACCUACCCUGACAACCAGACAAAGGAGUGUGAGAGCUGUCACCAGGAGUGUCGUGGGGGAUGCUACGGAGCCUCCAGCGGUAACUGCCAGGCCUGCAACAACCUCAAGAUCUACAUUGAUGAAGAUGGAUCUAUGUUCAACUGUACACAUGAAUGUCCUGACGAACUACCUUAUACUGUGAUGGACCACAGUACUGACAAGCAGAACAUUGACCCCUCCAGGACAGUGUGUGCUGAUGCCAAACAUCCUGAAGUUGUUGCCAAACUCCGCAAGAAGGAUGAAGAAGAAAAGAAGAAGAUUGGUAUAAUUGCUGGUGCUGCAAUUGGUGGUGUGAUGGUGGUGGGCAUCAUAUUGGUGUGUGUAGCCUACAACUGGAACCAGAGGGCCAAGUCCAAGGAGAAAACUGCUGCCCUCACUGCCAAGAUGACCGGCUUCGAUGAGACUGAGCCUCUGACUCCAACAAAUGCCAAGCCAGACCUUGCACAGCUGAGAUUAAUCAAAGAGUCUGAACUGAGACGUGGAGGCAUCAUUGGGUCGGGAGCAUUUGGCACAGUAUAUAAGGGUUUCUGGAUCCCUGAGGGGGAGAACGUGAAGAUCCCAGUUGCCAUCAAGGUGCUGCAGGAAGGUACACCCAAUCAGAACAAGGAACUUUUGGAGGAAGCUCGUGUGAUGGCUUCAGUGGAACACCCAUGUUGUGUGCGUAUUCUGGCAGUUUGCAUGACGGCUCAGAUGAUGCUCAUCACACAGCUGAUGCCUCUCGGCUGUCUGCUGGACUAUGUCAGGAAGAACAAGGAACACAUUGGCUCCAAGGUGUUGCUCAACUGGUGCACCCAGAUAGCCAGGGGGAUGACAUAUCUUGAAGACCGUGGCAUUGUCCACAGGGACCUGGCAGCAAGGAAUGUUCUGGUACAAACUCCGACCCAAGUGAAGAUAACAGAUUUUGGCUUGGCCAAGUUGCUGGACUACAAUGAAGACGAGUACCAUGCUGCAGGAGGAAAGAUGCCCAUCAAGUGGCUGGCCUUGGAGUGUAUCCAGCAUCGGAUCUUCACACACAAGAGUGAUGUGUGGAGCUAUGGAGUCACAGUGUGGGAAUUGUUCACAUAUGGUCAGAAGCCAUAUGACAGCAUCCGCGCCCGCGACGUGCCUGAUCUUCUGGAGAAAGGGGAGCGGCUGCCACAACCCUCCAUCUGUACAAUUGACGUCUAUAUGAUCAUGAUCAAAUGUUGGAUGUUAGAUGCAGACAGUCGUCCAUCCUUCAAAGAAUUAGCUGAAGAGUUUGCUAAGAUGGCACGUGAUCCGGGCCGUUAUCUCGUCAUACAGGGCGAUGUGUUGAAGAAAUUCCCUGACCAGACAAAUGUGGUCACAGAGAUUGACAUGAUCGCAGGCCCUGAUAGCUGUGACGUUAGUAACCAGCCACUUUUGUAUCAGGGAGACAAGCUGUUGCGACUGCCCAGCCACUCCUAUGACAAACAUGACCUGGCCCGCAGCAUGAGUGUGGCUGUGGAUGGUCCCGAGGAGGUGAUGGAGGCUGAUGACUACCUCCAACCACAACAACCACAAAUCCCAGAGGACACAAAGAUCCCUCUGUUGGGUGCUGCAGCGUUUGAUCACAAGCCUAAAGAUGGGGGAGUAAGACCAUGGCGAGAGAAGCGUUAUGCUCACCUUGAGUCUGCAGCUGAAGCUCGCAACAUGAGACAACAAUUGUCACCAACAAGAGGGAGAGAAAACAGUAUUAAUUCCCGUUACAGCUCAGAUCCAGUCCGCUUCUUUAAGGACAGAGAUGAGAUAGAUGGCAUCCCACCCAACAUGGCAGGUCACCAAGCAUAUAGUGGCUUCCCAGACAGCCACAUCUCACCCAUGCCCAAGAAGCAAGACACUCCUCUGAAGCUCCCACUGGAUGAAGAUGACUACCUUCAGCCCAAGUCAGCCAACCCUGCUGCCUACAUGGACCUGAGUGACAAAGGAUACUACCAGAAUGAGAAGGUGUUUGAUGAGGAGCCCACAGACACCGACCGAAUGUUGCCUGUGUCAUCACCUAGGGCUGUUGCCAAUCCUGAAUACUUCGAUAGAUCGGAGGAAGAACCGUGGACAAAGCCACAUCAUAAUGGAGUGCACCCACCUAUCAUUUUGCCUAAGUCAAUCAUGUCAAAUGGACACAACUACUACAAUGAUAUUGGUGGUCACCCAGAAUCCAAACCAUUUGUUUUGGCAUCUGAUCAGAACUCGGAAACAACUGUGUAGCAUUGGUACACAGUAUCAGAGAUAGGGCAGACAACUCUGGGACAACUCACCUCUGUGAUGUUACAUGCUGGGACCUUGACACUUACUCAAUGCUCAGAGGCAGGACGGAGAGGAGACUGUCCGACCUUCACCUUACUGGAUUUGUAAUGUUAGGCUCAAUACUGCAAAUGACUGUUGUCUGCAGAAAACAACUUGAAGUGUCUGAAUGCCUGAUACUGUUCAGCAUCUAGAUGUUAGCAACAGAGAAGCUAAGAGUCACUGUGAUGUGUCUGAGACAUAUGCUAGCUGUUAAUAGCCUUGGUGUUGUGCAGCUGCUGUUGAUACAAGGCAUUCAAAAUCUGAUUACAUGAUAAGUGCAGAACUACAUCCACAAGUUGUCCACAUACUGCCAGUUGUUAUGUUGUUACCAUGGUAGCAGUGAUGCUCUGUUGGGCAAUGCCAUGGAGUUGUUAUGUACAGAACCUUGUCAGCUGCUAGUUGAGCUACUCUAGUUAGCAGUAGCGAUCAGAGUCCGCAGGGCUGGAACUCUAUCAUAAAGUGACAUCCCAGGAAUAUGAUUGGUUGUGCCUGUCACCUGACGUGAUAAGAAUGUUUCCUUGCAUACAUUUCACUGUUGUGAAAGAGGGUUUACAACACCAUGAAUUAACAAAAUCAUAUGUGAAGUGGCAAGAAGUUUGUGGCACAAUGUUAGAAAGAGGCAUAAUUUGAUGUGAUCAAAAAUAGAUGCUUCAGCCAUUUUAACUGAUGACAUAUGGACCAAUGGAUUUUACUUAACCAACAUCUUAAUACCCUAAACAAAAUAUUUCCAGUGUGAUAACUUGCUCAGAUUGAACUCAGCAGGUGUUUUAGACAUAUUUUCCGUCAACUCCAGACCUAAAUCAAAACCAUCCAUGUUCCUGGCUGACAUAGUGAAAUGUGAAAUUGGUGCUGAUAUGUGUGAAAUCCUUUGGAGAAGAGACGACUCACGGGGGUAUAGAAAACAUCGGUGACUCUGCAUCUAAUCUUUUGUGUGUAAGACAGAUCAUUACCAAGAGAAUGAUUUGAUGAAGACUCCCACCAUUAGCUGUGAGGUUACCUUAGACCUAGUGAAUUGGACACACAUCUUAUGAAGUCUUUAAUAUUCAGGAAUGGUGGUUUUAGCAUGACAGGUACUCUGGACUUGAGUUAGUGUGUUGAUAGGUCAAGUUAUGUCUGCUCACAUUUAACAGCUCUGUAAACUCGCUGGGUGCAGAAAAUCAACACCAUACUAAUUUUAUAUUAUGUCCAAACUGUUGACAUUUUAUGUUUAUAGUAGUUUAUGACUACAAAUUCUUCAUAUAAAAUUGUUUAAUCUUGGGAUAAGUACAUGUCUCUCGCCUGCUCAUGCUAAAACCAGUGUACAGGUUGCUGCUAUUAUGGAAAUAAUAUGUCCCUGUUUGUAUCUAAAUAUUUGCAUAUGAAUAUUUUGUAUGCUAUCAAAUGUUCAAUACACAAAGGUGACGUCUUUGACAAUGUUUCACGAAAUUAAGGCAUUUUUAAAAAACAAAUGAGAUUUUUUCAGGUUUUAUUCAGUGGAUGUUCCCACAGACAUCACAGCUUCUUUUCAAUAAAAUAUUUUACUUUAUGAAAACUGUUCUUAUUUCUUUUAAACUGUUCAUUUUGUGGACAUCAGUUCUUGUUGUAACCUGUUGUAUUGUGGCUUUUAAUAUCUGAACAUUGAAUCAACUGAUGAUGGUACACAGGUGACAUUGGGAAGGUGCUGCCCCCAGACAUUUUGUUGGUUGUAACUUCUGUUGGUGUUAACUCCUGAUAAUGUCAGGAAGGUGGUUGAUAAUGUCAUGUUUGUGUAUUGAACACUUGUCAGUCUCGUGUUUGUGCAGUAGCUUGUCAGUCAUCAUGUACAUUAGUGACUAUUUCAUGUUGUAUAUAGAUAGUUGUUAAAACUCAUAUUUUUAUAUACCACUAUAUACUACAUGCACAAUUACAUGUUUCAGGCUUACAAAGGAUAAUGAAGGAACAAAUGAAUGUGAUUUUUGCAUCUAUGCAGAUUUUUACUCAUGUUUUGUAAGCCUACAUACCUCACAGAUCUUCAUAAUGUGCCAUGCAUUAGAGUAGCCCCUACAGUACUGUGUACCACCAAACUCCAAUCCUACUCCCAUGUUUACAGCUCCUGUCCUGAGACUAGGCCUACAAAAAUGUUGUCACUGAUAUUACCAACAAAACAGUCUACAUCUCGAGGUAACAGAUUUAAUUGAUCCUCUUUAUAAAUGUAUACAGGAAAUAUUUGUGCUAAUUGCAUUUUUGCUGGCACAUUGACUGUGCAUUUGUCCUAAAUAAAAUACUUGAUCUUCACAGCCAAUAAGCAGUUGCAUCGUAGCAUUUUGGAAAACUAGAUUCUGAAAUUCAUGUGUACUAUAGAUCAUAAAUAGGUUAUUUUCCAUAGGUCACUGAACGUAAUUGUUAAAAUGCCUCCAAUAUCCCAAGAUGUGAAAUUUAGUUCAAUAUGCCGUAACCAGCUAAAUUUUGAUAUGUACAUAUAAAUUUCAUUGUGAACAAAUCCAUUUGCCGUCCAUGAACAAUUCUACUGAAGUACAACCGACUACUUACAGAGCCUAACAACACUGAUCAACUGAUGGAAUGAGGUACACAAACACUGUACCUUCACAGUUAUAGUUAGAAUUCCGAUUCUCAUGUUGAAUACUUACUUUGCUGUUUUAUGAAAGUUAAUUGUCAUUGUUCUAGAAAGAUGGCACCAGUGGUAGGCUUAUGGCAGGCAUGUUGAUACCACAGCUUGCACGGUUGUCCACUGCUCUGUGUGGGCUCAAUGUGCGGUUAUAGAUGUCAAGUUAACAUUGUAUUUCUGUGUAUUGUUACGAUGUUAUUCGUUUUAUGAUUCGAUUGAUUGUUAAGUUAAUAAGAUUCAGGUGAAUCAUGUAUUUGCUCAACCACUGGCCAGUGAUCUAGACAUACUUUGCUUCCCAAGUACCAAUGUUUCUUUAACAGUAACACAAUGUUGUAGAAUCAAGGAAAAUACAAGGAAUACAUUUGUUUGUGCCACAUGUUUCAGAUUGUAAGUUCUAUCAGAGACCAUAUGUAUAUGACCCCUGGUUCUGUGUCCAGCACUCUUGACUUGUGUAAGUGAAGGAAUAUUUGGGUCUUUAAAGACAUGAAGUUACCUGACCUUAAUUCAGAAAUAUUUGCAUUGUUUUGUAGGGUAAAUAUGGUAUCAUCACACACUUAAUUUUCCUUUUUUCUAAGUAGUUGCUACUUCUCACCUUCACUAGUUUGUGUACUGACAUCGAAAUAAAAGUAGAUAAGAUAAUCAGAUAUCAAGAUUGACAUUAUGUACAUAGUCAUAGGAAAAUUCAAACAUAUUUUGAUUAAGAUCCUAAACCAUGGAAGAAAUGUCAUCCUUUUUCUGAAACAUCCCCAUUCUUCAUGUCUGUUGUUGAUAUAUGACACCUACAUGCUCUCUUUGGCUGUUCUAAGUGAAUUUUAAAAAAUAAAUUAAUUGUAUUCUUUGGAGAUUGUAUAGUGCAUUUUAUUCAACAUACAUUGUAUUUUACAUUUUCUUAGACUUACAUUGGAUAGACUAAUGUUUCAACAGAUUCUGAGUCAUACUGUGCUAAUAUCAUGCAUUUUGUUUUAUAUCAGGAACUUAUACACAGAAAUACCUGACAGAAUGUCUGCACAGUGACACAAUAUCUGCACUGACACAAUGUCUAUACUGGCAUAAUGUCUUUGCAGACACAAUAUGUAUACUGAUACAAUGCCAUUCAUUGACUACUGACACAAUGUGUAAAUUUAUACAAUGCCAUUCAUUGACUACUGACACAAUGUGUAUACUGAUACAUUGACUACUGACACAAUGUGUAUACUGAUACAUUGACUACUGAAACAUGUGUAUACUGAUACAAUGCCUACAUUGACUACAGACACAAUGUGUAAUUGGUACAUUGACUACUGACACAAUGUGUAUUUGAUACAAUGCCUACAUUGACUACUGACACAAUGUGUAUUUGAUACAAUGCCUACAUUGACUACUGACACAAUGUGUAUACUGAUACAUUGACAACUGACACAAUGUGUAUUUGAUACAAUGCCUACAUUGACUGCUGACACAAUGUGUAUACUGAUACAUUGACUACAGACACAAUGUGUAUACUGAUACAUUGACUACUGACAAAAUGAGUAUACUGAUACAUUGACUACUGACAAAAUGUGUAUACUGAUACAUUGACUACUGACAAAAUGUGUAUACUGUUACAACACCUACAUGGACUACUGACACAAUGUGUAUACUGACACAAUGCCUACAUUGACUACUGACACAAUAUGUAUACUGAUACAAAUCUAUACUGGUAGGUGAGUAUGCUCAAUGUUUGUUGUGUCAACACGACAUUAGUGAGUCAGGGGUAGAUGUUGGGUGUGUCAACAUGACAUUAGUGAGUCAGUGGUUAAUGUUGGGUGUGUCUAGAUGACAUUAGUGAGUCAGUGGUUGAUGUUGGGUGUGUCAACAUGACAUUAGUGAGUCAGUGGUUGAUGUUGGGUGUGUCAUGACAAUAGUGAGUCAGUGGUAGAUGUUGGGUGUUAACAUAACAUUAGUGAGUCAGUGGUUGAUGUUGGGUGUGUCAACAUGACAUUAGUGAGUCAGUGGUAGAUGUUGGGUGUGUCAACAUGACAUUAGUGAGUCAGUGGUAGAUGUUGGGUGUGUCAACAUGACAUUAGUGAGUCAGUGGUUGAUGUUGGGUGUGUCAACAUGACAUUAGUGAGUCAGUGGUUGAUGUUGGAUGUGUCAACAUGACAUUAGUGAGUCAGUGGUUGAUGGUAGGGCUGGCUGUCAUUACAGAUGAUAAAGAUUGAUGAUCGUAACUAAAUAUCAAUCAAUUAUUGAUAAACAUUGGAGAAGUAACUUUGAGCAAAUAGCAAAAAAGUCUAAAAGAAGUCAGCACAUUUCACUCCAGUGGCACAUUUAAGCAGGGAUUACUUUGUGGACAUUUAUUAUGUAACAAAAACAGUUACUUUCCAUCAUUACUGACAAUAACAAGUUUGUUUUGGUAAAUCUAAACUUUAUUUCAUCACAAAAGUUUAUGUAAGAUAUUAUUGAUUACACAAUUUCAUAUCGAUAAUCGUUAAUGCUUCAUCCCAUCAACAAUAGUUCUAAUUAUCGAUCUGUUUUGCCAGCCCAAGUAGGUGUGUAACCUGACAUGUAUGUGUCAGUUUGUUUGUUUGUUUGUUUGUUUGUUGUUUAACACCUUGCCUUUUACAAGCAUAGUUGCCUUUUACGGCAAGCAUGGGUUGCUGAAGACCUGUUCUGACCCGGAUCUCCACGGGAGGUAUGUGUCAGUGGUAGCUUGUGUGUCUACAUGACUUUAGUGUCAGUGGUAGAUGUUGGUGCGUCAACAGUAUACAUUGAUGUUUGGGUGACAAGUAUUGAGGACCAGGGAUCAGCAUCUUGCAUAAUUUUCUCAUCUAUUUCAUCUCAACUAUGCAAUAAUCUAUACAGGUUUUUUUGCUUGAUUUUGUGUAUUCAUUCUAGAGUGUUUGUACUGUUCAGCACUUCUAUAAGAAGGUUUAAUGACAGCAUAAAACUAACCUUUGUUCUUUUCAAAAUAAAAUGGGUGAUUCUGUUCUCUUUAUGUUACAAUAAUAUCAAAUACUGCUCAGAGGCAUGGGAAUCAUGAGCCCUGAAGGUUUUUUGGGCAAAUAUUGUUUUCAGUAAAGUAUUUGCAGAAUUGCUUUGUUGAUUUCUAUUGACUUUGCAAGAUGAAACGGGUAUACAGAGAUAGGCCAUUGUAUCUGGUCUAGGUGACAAACAGGCAUGCUUAUUCCCUUAGUUAACAGAAUUCAAAGUUAACAGAAUAUGUUGAUAUAUUUGACUCGCUAAAGGGAUUUGUGUGGAAAUUAUUCCUCUUCAGUGCGGCAAAUAUUAAAGAAGCUAGAGCAAUGUCCCAUAUUAUGUUGUUAUCUGACACCAGAGCUUUCUUCUCUACCGCCUCCCCCAGUGUAUGUUAUCAGACAGCAGAGUUAUCUUCUGUCCCCCAGUGUAUGUUAUCAGACAGCAGUUAUUUUCGGCCCCCCCUCCCCCAGUGUAUGUUAUCAGACAGCAGAGAGCAGAGUUAUCUUCUGUCCCCCCCUCCAGUGUAUGUUAUCAGACAGCAGAGUUAUUUUCUGUCCCCCCCUCCAGUGUAUGUUAUCAGACAGCAGAGUUAUUUUCUGUCCCCCCCUCCAGUGUAUGUUAUCAGACAGCAGAGUUAUUUUCUGCCCCCCCCCCCCCCCUCCUCCAGUAUAUGUUAUCAGAGAGCAGAGUUAUCUUCUGCCCCAUCCCCAGUGUAUGUCAUCAGACAGCAGAGUUCUCAUCUGCCCCCCCCCCCCCUCCCCCAGUGUAUGUUAUCCGACAGCAGAGAGCAGAGUUAUCUUCUGUCCCCCCCCCCCCCCUACCCCAGUGUAUGUUAUCAGACAGCAGAGUAAUUUUCUGCCCCCACCCCAGUGUAUGUUAUCAGACAGCAGAGAGCAGAGUUAUCUUCUGUCCCCCCCCCCCCCCCCCCCCCCCAGUGUAUGUUUUCAGACAGCAGAGUUAUUUUCUGCCCCCCAACCCCCUCCCCCAGUGUAUGUUAUCAGACAGCAGAUUUAUUUUCUGUCCCCCCACCCCCAGCCCCAGUGUAUGUUAUCAGACACCAGAGCAAUCUUCUCUCACCUCCCCCCCAGUGUUUGUUACUUGCCACCAAGUUGUAUCCCACCCCCAGCCACAUUGUACAUAACUCCGACAGCAGAGCUGUGGGUUCUUUUCAUCUCCUCCCCCGGGGUUUACGUUAUGUCCCGAAGCUGCCUUGGAUCAUAGGAAAUUAUUGUGAGUAUAAUCAUGUAUCAACCAAUAGCACUGUACAGUUAUAUGUUUUGUACCUGUACUGCUUACUGCUGCGCUUGCAUAGAUGUUUUUUUCUGGAUAUGAGCCAAAUGUCAUUCAUUUUCAUUUCAUUUGUUUUAGGCCACAAAGAUGUAAUUAAGUUGUUUUGAUUAAUUAAACAAAAUGUAUGUGC